AUGUGUCUUCUUGGGGAACGUUUUGCUGACGCGAGGCUCCUUCUUCACCCAAUCGAAAACAAGGACAAAGGAAAGUACCAAUUUUUUGCAUCAGGAUUCUUACAACCUACUUUUCCUCUCUCCCCAACAGUGGUGGUGCAAGAGUUCGAGGUUCGCGUCUACGACGAGUAUGUGAUCCGGGGCAACACAGCCGUCCUUCGCUGUGUGGUGCCGCCCUUUGUCCGCGAUCUGGUAACAGUGACCGCCUGGGUACGAGACCACGCCCAUCACAUCUACCCUUCCCUGCACGGCGACGGGAAGUACCAGGCUCUCCUUGACGGCCGCCUUCUCGUGCACAAUGUGAAGGCAGGGGAUUCCUACUCCACCUACCGCUGCCGGGUCCUGCACACUCUUACCUCAGCCACCGCCGCCUCCAACAUCGCCCGGAUUAUCGUCAGUGACCCCCGCGAGAGGCAGGUCCCGAGGAUGGUUACCAAGUCUGGCACGGUCAAAGUCACGGAAUCCAAACCCCUGGUGCUGCCCUGCGUCGCCCACGCCCACCCCCCGCCCCAGUACAGGUGGUGGCAGGAACUUGGUGGUGAAAAAGUGCCUAUCAGUAGCAGCACCACAGCAGUAGUGGGCGGGUCGAGUGGACGGUUGGGUGCUGAUGUGGGUGGGGACUGGCGGAAGAUCGGUGGAGGAGUGCUGCUCCUCGACCCCGCCAGCCAGGGCUUGGGGGAGGACGCCGCCAAACUGGUGUGUGAGGCUUCCAAUGAGGCGGGGAGAGCCACGAUGGAGGUGAGCGUGGAGAGGGUGACGCCGCUCACCACCCACCUGACGCCUCGAGUGCUGGUGGUGGACGCUGGCGGGGUAGGAGUGUUCCGCUGCCAAGUGUCGGGUCCUCACUCCAGCGCCUCGCCCCACCCACAGCCCACCAUCACCUGGUACAAAGAUGGACAUGUGAUUAGCGCGGCAGGAAGAAUCUCCAUCACAGAGGGAGACGCAGUGCUGGAGGUGCGAGGCGUGGGCAGGGCGGACGCAGGCAUGUACCAAUGUUUUGUGCGAGGCGAUGAGGACACGAUGCAGGACGCCGCUGAGCUCCGCCUUGGGGCCUCGCCGCCUGAGCUGGAGUACAAGUUUAUCACCCAGACCCUCACGCCAGGGCCAAGUGUGUCUCUCAAGUGCAUUGCGUCAGGCACCCCGACACCCACCAUCUCCUGGGCUCUGGACGGCUUCCCGCUGCCUCAGAACGAACGGCUCGUGGUUGGGCAGUACGUCAACGUGCACGGAAAGGUGAUUAGCCACGUCAAUAUUACAAGAGUGAGGGUCGAGGACGGGGGCCGCUACUCCUGCACAGCCACUAACACCGCCGCCGCAGUGGUGCACUCCGCCCCGCUGCACGUGUACGGUCGGCCUCACGUACGACCCAUGGGCCCCGUCUCAGCCGUGGCAGGGGAGACUUUCCGUGUGCAGUGUCCCGUUGCAGGCUUCCCUAUCACGUCCAUCACCUGGGCCAAAGGCGGACGAGUGCUGCCGAUCAACCGCCGCCAGCGAGUGUCUGAGGCUGGCGAGCUAACCAUCAGCCAGGUGAGUCGCGCCGCUGACCAGGGGGAGUACACCUGCACGGCCACGAACAAGCAGGGCCACGCCUCCUCGCAGUCUCUACCUCUUCGAGUCGUAGAGCCGCCGCAAGUGUCGCAGUUCACCCUUCCUGAGUCCCUCCGUGCCGGCUCUCGUGUGGCCGUGCAGUGCGUGGUCGUGCAGGGAGACCCUCCCGUCACCCUGGCCUGGCUGCACAACGGAGCCCCGGCCCCCUCCACCCCCGGGGUCACCGUCACGCCCCUGGGACAGUACGUUCUAGCGCUGGUCAUCGAGAGGCUGCGGCAGGAACACUCCGGGAAUUACACCUGCCGGGCCAGCUCCCCCGCCGCCACCUCGGCACACUCAGCCACGCUCAGAGUUCACGUGCCGGCCAGGUGGGUGAAGGAACCUCGAGACGUGAGUGUGAUUCGAGGUGAGGAUGCCAUUCUCACCUGCCAGGCAACCGGCUUCCCCGAGCCCACCGUUACCUGGAGAAGAGCUCGGCCAGGACCAGCGAAGGGCAUGUACAGCAGCGUGGAUGUUGACGUGGGCGUGAGUCUGCCUCUGAGUCGAUCUUGGGGCAACGGAACACUGGUGGUGGGCUCAGUGACGGAGGAGGCGGAAGGGGACUACCUGUGUGAGGCCAAUAAUGGAGUAGGGACCGGCCUCUCGCAGAUCGUCAACUUACAAGUGCACGCGCCGCCAGUGGUGAGCGGGGACGGACGGGUGGAGGCACGGCGGGGCGAGAAUGUUAAGCUGCACUGUGAGGCUCGAGGGGACCCGCCCAUCAGCCUCUCGGUGGCCAGAGACGGCAAGCCCCUCGACACCAACGACUACAGGUACAACGUGGAGGUGAUGGACGGGGCGGAGGUACGGCCUGGCGGGGUGAGAGCCGAGGUGCGGAUAACGAACGUGGCACCGCAAGACUCCUCGGUCAUCGCCUGCACCGCCACUAACACCUACGGCAGCCACACGCACCACAUGGAGUUGAGGGUGCAGGACGCCCCUGAAGCGCCGCGGGACCUGAGGGUGAGUCGGGAGGGCAGCAGGGUCGGCUACCGUCACGUGGGCGGCGCCUCCCUCCCCCAACACGCCCAUCACUCACUAUGUCAUCCACCUGAAGCCCCAGAGCGCCUCAUGGGACAGCGUGAGCACCAGCCAGCUGAGGGCAGAGGGGGGCACCACCUCGGCAGUCCUCAACGACCUCCUGCCCGCCAAAGUGUACCAGAUCCGCGUGGUGGCCGUGAACAGCGUUGGGGAGUCUCCGUCCUCUGAGCCGCUAACGUUACGCACGGAAGGAGAGGCCCCGGGCGCGGCUCCCAUCAAGGUGCGAGCAGUGGGCGUGACUUCCAGGCAGGUAAAGCUCACCUGGGCACCACCUGACCCCGACACCUGGAACGGCCAGC